AUGGGAGUUUCUUUUGCGGCUGCGUCUGCCCAGCAGUGCGACGCGGCCACGUUCCAGGAGCCUGGACUUUAUUGGGCUCCUGGUACAGUUUUGCGUGGGGCCCUUGCUCAGGCCAGGGCCUCAGAUUUAGCUUUGCGGCGUCAUCAGGCCUCUCGGGGCAAGGCACCUCAUGGGGCGCCUGCAGCUGAUUGCUGUGUGUCGGGGCCCCUUUUCUUCGCCAGCGAGUUUUUGGAUGACUUGGAGAGUACCGUGACCGCAUGGCCAGUAAAGGUGCCUGUGGAUCCCCUCUCGAGAUCUGUGAAAAAGGUUUGCACUGUGUCUCGCCGCGCACGGGAGAAAGGCCCCACUCCCACUGGUGUGGCGGGCCCCACCAGGAAGCAUCGCACCCGGCGUUGGCGAGAAAGGGUGGCUGAGUCGAAUCGGCAGUUCUGGGAUGAGAUGGAUGGGGAGGUAGGGGCUUCCCCGCCCCCUCCCGAACCUGCUUGUGCUCUGUUGCUUGCGCCUCGCCUCCUGCCCUCCUCUGCGGAGGACACCGCCGGCACGGCUGCGGCCCUGGCCGCCGCGCUCCACGCCAGUCCUGACUGGAACCAGGUAGAGCAGCUGGUUCUUGACUUUGCUGAGACGGUGGAGGACCAGGAUGAGGCUGGCCUCGCCUACCGUGUUGCCUAUGAUGCCCUCGACGCCAAACUCCGGUUCGUCAGUGCCAACAUCACCACCUGGUCGGCGAACAUUUUCAAGUGGCACAGGACGGACAAGGGUCCCCUCCUUAUCCAGGAGCUACACAUGGGGGAUGAGGCUGUUCAAAAGCUCAAAGUGGAUGCCCUCUCCCAGGGGUAUCACCUUUUUGUUCCCCCUUUUCAGGGCUCCCGGCCUACCAAGGGUGGUGUAGCCACCCUUGUGCCGGUGCACUGCCAGGGUCGUUUUCGCGGCGGGCACCUCACGGAG